GCUGAGCAGAUUAUGAGUUUAGCACAACAUUCGGUCGGUUUGGUUCGGUCUGUCGGUCGGUUCGGUCAGUACCUUGUGAGUAGUGAAAGAGAACGCAUGUGCAGAAAGUAAGAAAACGUGAGCCACGCACAAAAAUCAGCGAAAAUAAAACACGAUACUUAAAGCCACAUUAAGUAGCAGUUACAAAAAAAAAAGGAAAAGAUUGACAGUUUAAUUUUGGUGGAAGAAAGCAGAGUAACUACGUCAUCCCAAGUCCGAAACUGAAAUUUAGUGAAUUCGUUAAUUUGUGAUAAUGUUUAAAGGUGUUCCAACUCUGGCAAAUCUAAAUCUGCGUUUUCUAAAGGGAAAUUCUCGAAUUGCGCUGUUGCUGCCACGGGGAAAGGCAACAGCCACAUCCUUGGACCUGGAAGAUGCCAAUGCCAAUCCCAAUAAUACCCCAAAUACCAACAAAAUCAAUGUCGAUGUCUACAGUGAGGAGGAUCUGUUGAAACGUGCCAAAUUUGGGCAUACGGGCAAACAGGUUCAACAGAAAAUUUCAUCUGAGAAGAAACUACGAACGCCACCGUUAUUGAAUUUGGUUUUUGCCAAUCGCAAAUUAUCCUUUUAUGACACAAGCUCCGGACCCAAACCCUGCGAGGAGAAUGCCAAACUAAAUCAGCGACGCAACUAUUCGAUAAGGCCUCAUCGGGAGCAGGAGCAACGAAAUGCCGAAGAUGUGCUCUUUGACAUGUUCGCCAGCGAGGAGACCGGACUCAUAUCAAUGGGCAAAUUCCUGGCCGGACUGAAGACCACGGGCAUCCGGCGCACAGAUCCCAGAGUGCGAGAAUUAAUGGACAACCUGAAGAAGGUGCACAAGCUGAACAACUAUGAGACAGGAUCCUCUGCAGAGACACAGCAUUUGAAUCGGGAAACCUUCAAAGCUGUCGUUUCUCCGAAUAUUGUGCUGAUUGCAAAGGCAUUCCGUCAACAAUUUGUGAUCCCGGACUUUUCCAGUUUUACCAAGGACAUUGAGGAGAUUUAUGCCAACUGCAAGGCGAAUACCUCUGGCAAAUUGGCCGAUUACAUUCCCCAACUGGCUCGUUAUAGUCCCAAUUUAUGGGGUGUGAGCGUCUGCACCGUGGACGGACAACGUUUCUCCAUUGGCGAUGUGGACGAACCCUUUACCCUGCAGAGUUGCAGCAAACCCUUGACCUAUGCCAUUGCCCUGGAGAAACUGGGUCCCAAGGUAGUGCAUUCCUUUGUCGGACAGGAGCCGAGUGGCCGCAAUUUCAAUGAACUUGUCCUGGACCAGAACAAGAAGCCGCACAAUCCAAUGAUAAAUGCCGGCGCCAUAUUGACGUGCUCGCUGAUGAACGCACUGGUGAAGCCGGACAUGACUUCGGCGGAGAUCUUCGACUACACCAUGUCCUGGUUCAAGCGUCUGUCCGGCGGAGAGUACAUAAGCUUCAAUAAUGCCGUGUUUCUCUCGGAACGCGAGGCUGCGGAUCGGAAUUACGCUCUGGGUUUCUACAUGCGAGAGAACAAAUGUUUUCCGAAGCGCACAAAUCUGAAGGAGGUGAUGGACUAUUAUUUCCAGUGCUGCUCCAUGGAAACCAAUUGCGAGGCAAUGUCUGUGAUAGCCGCCAGUCUGGCCAACGGUGGCAUCUGUCCCACCACCGAGGAGAAGGUCUUCCGGCCGGAGGUCAUCCGGGAUGUGCUGUCCAUAAUGCAUUCGUGCGGCACCUACGACUACUCGGGUCAGUUUGCCUUCAAGGUGGGACUGCCUGCGAAGACGGGAGUCAGUGGUGGCAUGAUGCUGGUCAUUCCCAAUGUGAUGGGCAUCUUUGCGUGGUCGCCACCGCUGGAUACACUGGGCAACACGGUGCGCGGUCUGCAGUUCUGUGAUGAGCUGGUCAGCAGGUUCAAUUUCCAUCGCUAUGACAACCUGAAGCAUCUGUCCAACAAGAAGGAUCCUCGCAAGCAUCGUUACGAGACCAAGGGUCUCUCCAUUGUCAAUCUGCUGUUCUCGGCAGCCAGCGGGGAUGUUACGGCCCUUCGUCGUCAUCGUCUCUCCGGCAUGGACAUCACCCUGGCCGAUUACGACGGGCGCACUGCCCUCCAUCUGGCCGCAUCCGAGGGUCACUUGGAGUGCGUCAAGUUCCUGCUGGAACAGUGCCAUGUGCCGCACAAUCCCAAGGAUCGCUGGGGCAACCUGCCCGUGGACGAGGCCGAGAACUUCUGUCACUCGGAUGUGGUCGAGUACCUCAAGAGCUGGGCCGAGAAGUCCAAGGAUGCACCCCAGGAGUGCUUCCCAGAGGCGGUGACCACCACAACCGAAGCCGAUGAGGAGCUUCCCACCAACACAACCACCAGCGUGAGCCACAGUGGGAAUACCAGUCCCAUACCAUCGGAGUCUGGCUUUAGAAGUCCCAGUCCAUUAUCCUCCGAGGCGGAGAGCACAGCAAGCGUCGCCAGUGUGGAUAAAACCAAGCCGGGUCUCUAAAUCCUAAGAGAGCUGAAUUGACAAAAGAUAUACAUACCUGUAGAAUCUCGACUAAAUUAUUGCUUUUUAAUCUAGUUAAUACAAGAGUUGAAAUAGCUAUCAAGUUUUUUUAAACUUGCUACUUUAAUCAAUGUAAGCCCAACAUACCAUAUAUAGCAUAAAAACAUAUAUAUAUACCUAUAUACCAUAUAAAGACGUACAUAAAUAAUUGAUAUAUAUAUAUGAAUAUUUAAUAUAUAUUAUAUAUGCUUCUCUGAUCAAGCUGAAUAGCGGCAUUUGUACUUGUAGCGCUUAGAUAGACACUCUGAGGUCUGAAAUCGAAAGCAAUGACAAUAAAAUGUACUUAAAACGAA